GUCAUGGCGUACCGUGCCCUGACCUGACUCGGUUGUGGCGAAGAGGCGGCGCGCCGGAAAGCUACAGGAUAGCACGAAGGAAACAGUAAGCGCAACACAACUUUGGGGUUUGUGUUCAAGAAAAACAUUUAUAGGCGUCUGCGAAGCGAUUUCCAAGUAAUGAAGACCCGGUGCAAACAUCUUUUUAUGCAAGCGAAGUAAGCGUUUUGGCCUUGGUUAACUUAGCAAACAUUGGGCCCAGCUAGCGCUAGCCGUGGAACUGACUUUUCAUCAGCAAAAGCAAAACAAGGAAUGAGUGAUGACCUCUGUGGUGGUGUCAGAUGGUGGUGGGAACAUAGUGGAGUAUGUGACUGUGGUGGAGGACCCCCAGCAGCAGCCUGCUGAGGAGGAGGAGGAGGAAGAAGUGGUUCAGCAGGAAGUGGACGCAGUGAUCAUGGAGGAAGAGGUGGAAGAGGAGGAGGGGGUGGUGCUGCAGGAGGAAGGCUGCCCUGCAGUAAUUGUAGAGGAGGUGCCCAGCGCUCAGGUGGAGGAGUGCUACUCUGCUCAGGUGUUGGUCUACGAUGAUGAGACGUACCUGAUGCAGGAUGUGGCUGAGGAGCAGGAGGUAGUCACAGAGGUGACGGAGACUGUGGAGAUGUCAGGUCACGACAUGGUGUGUUUCGACAAAACGUUUGAAGCCGCUGAAGCGCUUCUGCACAUGGAGUCUCCUGGAGGAAUGCACAGUGAACGCAGCACAGCAGAUGAUGUGAUGAUGGAAACGGUGGUGGAGGUGUCUACAGAGUGUGGACCCAUGGAGGAAGAGACCUUUCCCAUCCCUCCUGGCUGUGAACCUGUAGCCAAGAAGAAGAGAGGAGGUGGACGUAAGGCUAAGACACACCAGCCUUCUUCCAACGGCUCCUUCGAUCUGGGCAUCAAGAAGAGGCCAAGAGAGGGAAAAGGUAACACCACCUACCUCUGGGAGUUUCUGCUGGAGCUUCUGCAGGAUAAGAACACAUGUCCCAGAUACAUCAAGUGGAUGCACAGAGAGAAGGGCAUCUUCAAACUUGUUGAUUCAAAGGCUGUUUCUAAACUGUGGGGUAAACACAAAAAUAAGCCUGAUAUGAACUACGAGACUAUGGGCCGGGCCCUGAGGUAUUACUACCAGCGUGGCAUCCUUGCCAAAGUUGAGGGUCAGCGGCUGGCCUACCAAUUUAAAGACAUGCCCAAAAACAUCCGAGUGAUCGAUGAUCACGAGGAGGCAGAGGAAGUGGAGGACAGCGAGACCGUGGUAUCCGGUCAGAAUCUGGCUCGCCAGCAGGGCCAGGCCACCCUGGGCACUACGUCCCUCGCCACCACCCAGCCUCAGCAGACCUACGUCACUGUCAUCCCCAGCAACACCACCACCAGGCCCAUCCGAGCUAUGCCAGUGGUCAUGACCAACUCGCUAGGACAAAUGGCGUUAAACUCUCCACCCAUCCUCACAACCACCACGGGAGUCCCAGUGACUGUAGCGAGCACCUCUGCUAGCACUGCCCCUAAACUUGUGAUCCAGGCACUGCCCACCAUGCUUCCUGCUGGAUCAAAAGCAGGAGAGAAGAUCACCAUCAUCACAAUCCCAGCCAACCAGCUGGCAACGCUCAUGCAGGCCAACCCAUCAGGCCAGGUCACGCAACUCAUCCAGGCCAAACCUGUCACUGCACAGCUAGCGCAGGCCGCCAUCAAACCGCAGCUCAUCCUGGCCAAACCAGCCGCAAUGGCUCAGGCGCUGCCACAGAUGUCUGUGCAGUCUCAGUUAGCCCCUACCAAAAGCUCCAUUCUGCCCCCAAAGCGUGAAGCAGUACAAUCAGACGUGGCAGCAGAGGCUCUGCCUACCUCCAGCUCGCCGGCAGUAUCAGUGGAAAAACUAUCAUCCUGAGAGCCAGGGUCCCCAAGGGGAUUUGGUGUGGAGAGAGAUGUACAGAAAGUGACUGUGGACACUACUGAGUGCAGGGAACAUCCCACACCACCUCCUAUUGACACAUAACUGAGCUUCUCCCUUAUUGGCUUAGACCGUCCGACCGACGCUGGUCUCUGGGGAGACACUUUGACUAUUUGGCUGCUGAAGCCUCGCAGAGGACGAAAGGGACUGUUAAACAUACACAUUGAUGGUUCAGAGCUCAGAAACGUGGGCAGCCUUAGAUUGUAAAUGACAAGUUGUUUUUGUAAUCAAAGCUAACAUAAGAGGCUAGCAGGACUUUAUUGUAAACGGAAGCUUAAAAAGGAUUUUUGAUACUUGGCAAGUAUGUAUCAGUACACAUGUAGUUUGAAUUCCUCUGUAGCCCCUUUCACAUUUGGGUUACAGACUUUGGAUGUUUAAGACUGUAAAACUUUAAAUGGCAGAGUAAGUGGGGGCAUUGCUUUAGACACAUUCACAAUGACUGAAACUGGCACUUGUUUCAGGCUUUCAUGGGUUGUCUGCAGAGCUCUCCUAAACUUACUCAACAGGACUGUCACUAUUUCCCACUGUUAUCCUCUUUUUUACUGUCCCUAGAGUGGGGGUCAAGGAUAUCUGCAUCCAGAAAAAAAGAACUGAUUGUGUGCUCCGCAGAAGUAUAUUAUGAUUUUUUUUUCUUGUACUCUCAGUGUAUUGAAGUAGAUUUUACUGAAAUAUGUAUAAAACAAAUGUUAAUUAAAAA